AUCUUCUUCAGCCUCCGGCUCUGCUGGCGGCAUAAUUCCUUUGCUGGAGAGUCUCAACAAUUUCGACACCUCUUCCGGCGUCUACGAUUUGAAUCUCCGGGAUCCGUUCGCACGCAGUGUUUUCACCCGCAAACUCGUCAAGCUACUCGAGGCUCCUCCACCACAGAACGGUGGGAGGAAGGUUGGCGGCGUUGCUUUGUCGAAGACGACUACGAGCAUUAUCCGAGAUGUAGACGCUUAUAG